CUUCGCCCAACUCAUCUCCGCCAUGUCAUCCGCCGAGCUCGCCCACCUCUUCCCCAGCGCAACGCACCCCGCUCUUCCCGUCGCCGCGUCCAUCCUCUCGACACUCCGUGCCCUCACCGCGCCGGGCAAAGGCAAUGAUCUUCGGCCAGAGGAACGCACCGCUCUCGUCGGCGUCGCCGCGCUCUUAGCAUGUGAACGCGUCCACUCAAACGACCUGGCCCCGUCCGCCGUGCAGCGCGCGACCUCCGUCGCGCCCGCGCACUUCAAAUCCGCGCUCGCGCGCGCCCGCACCCUCCUCGCGUCACCUUCCCUCUCGUCCCCCGCGUCCUCGCGCUCCAGCGCGACCAUGACUCCCCCGACGCCCAGUAUGCGCCUCGACCCGCUCUCGCCGUUCAUGACGCCGCGCAAGAAGUUCCGCGCCACGAGCGCGCGCGAUCUCUCAGGCUUGCUGACGCCGCACAAGCACUCGCCGGCGGCCAGCAGCCCGCUGCGCACCGCGACACCGCGGAAGCGCGGCGCGGAGGAGGAGGAGGAGGGGACACCGAGCAAACGGCCUAGGGGAGAGGGGGAGACGCCGCGCGCGCGAGACGUCGGCGAUCCGCAGACGCCGAGCCGGAAUCGGCGCGCCGGCGCUGCCGCGUUCUUGGCGCUGCGGCCGAGGCAACCGGACCUCCGCGGAGUGGAGAAUGGGGAGGGGGAGGGGGUGCAAGAAAAGGAGACUGAGAAUGGGGAGAAGGAAGGCAACGGGCCGCCUCUCGCGCGCCCCGACCUCGAUGCCGAGAUCGAUAAUCUGCUGGGUCGGCGCAUCCGGCGCCGCCUCCGCCCUCGCCGCGACUGGACGUUCCGUGAGAAUGUGUGGGCGCCAGACCGCGAGGGGAUGGAGCGUAUCCUUGCCGCGGUCGACAUGACUCCCAAAGCCAAGACCAAGGGCAAGGGCAAAGCCAAAGCCGCCGACUUUAGCGCACAGCUCGUGGCCCUGCUCGCGUGAUUACAUGUGACAUUAUAGAAGACAACUGUAUCAGAGAACUGUAUCAGAGAAGCUUGGAG